CGGAGCCUCUGAUUGGUUACUUUGGUUCGCUUUAGCUGCAGUUAGCCAGAUUACCUAAAGCCAACAAACACUGUUUAAAGCGUUAAACACUGACAAUAACAUGCAUUUGGGAGUUCAGUUAAAUAAAUUUUUGCAUUUUGUAACAUAAAAUAGCUGUUUAAUUUUAUUUGUAAUUUUUUUAUCUCCGAGCCCAAUGAGAUUUGAUUUGAAUACUUACUAUCGGUUGGCCUCAGGACAGAGUGGAGAGGCUAGUCACUAACAGAGAGACUUCCUCUUUAACCAAGAAGGGUGACACAACUCAACUUCACCACAUACACACUCUCUUUCGUGUCGUCUGCGAUUAUCAUCUGUCAGGUCGUGUGUGUGUGUGUCGAGGUCAUGUGGAGGAAGGCUGUGCUGGUGGCGCUGUUGGCGUUGGGGAUGGGGUAUCUGUACCACACUGACCCGCAGCUGCCGGCCCGCGUGCUGAACUACGUCAGCGAAUCCCUGCUGCAGAUGGAGCUGAGUGGCGGCUCAGAGCCCCGCCCCCCGACGCUGGAGGAUGCCGUCGCACGCGCCUGGCAGACCCUCAUCAUGGCUCCGGCCCGACGCUGGGCGAGAGUGGCAGUGGGGGUGAAUGCCUGUGUGGAUGUGGUGGUGUCCGGGGUGGGGCUGCUGCAAGCGCUCGCUCUCGAACCCGGAUCCGGCAGAGACCAUGAGGUGCUACACAGCAAAGAGGACCUGAAAGAGGCCUUCAUCCACUACAUGGGGAAGGGCGCUGCCGCAGAGCGCUUCUUCUCAGAUAAGGAGGUUUUUCAAAGGAUCGCACGGGCGGCUGCAGAAUAUCCCGGCGCUCAGCUUUAUGUGGGUGGAAAUGCUGCUCUUAUUGGCCAGAAACUGGCAUCUAACCCAGAACUUGUAGUCCUCUUAUGUGGUCCGGUGGGGCCGAAGCUUCAUGAUAUGCUGGAUGAACAGAUCGUGGUCCCACCAGAAUCUCUGCAGGAGUUGGAUGAGUUCCACCUCAUCCUGGAGUACAAGUCAGGUGAACAGUGGGGUUCCUCAAGAGCUCCUCAGGCUAACCGCUUUAUCCUGUCCCAUGACGUGUCCAAUGGUGAAAUGAGCACGCUGGAGACGUUCGUGGCCAGUCUGGAGGAGUUCCAGCCGGAUCUGGUGGUUCUGUCCGGACUGCAUAUGAUGGAAGGAAUGGGCCGGGAUCUCUGGGAGGAACGACUGAAAGAGGCGGUGGUUGCCAUCUCAGACGUGAGGAACGAGGUGCCCAUCCACCUUGAGCUGGCCAGUAUGACAGACAGAGACUACAUGAACCGGAUCCUGCAGGAGCAGGUCUUGCCCAUCGUGAACUCCAUCGGUCUGAACGAACAGGAGCUGCUGUUUUUGACUCAGUCUGGAGACGGACCUCACGCUGACCUCGCUUCCUGGGACGGCAUACCCGACGUGGGCCGCGUCAGCGACAUCCUGCUCUGGGUCCUGGAGCAGCACGGCCGGGCAGACCCAGAAUCCGAAGCCGAUCUGACCCGCAUUCACUUCCACACGCUAGCGUACCACGUCCUGGCUACAGUGGACGGCCACUGGGGAAACCAGGAGGCGGCGGUGGCUGCGGGCGCCCGUGUGGCCAGUAGUCAAGCCUGCGGCCUACAGGCGGUGGAUAUUACGAAGGUGGUCCUCAAGGCACCGCUGAACUUCUACAGCUCCUUCUCAGAGCCGAGGGAGAGCCUAACGAUGGACCCGACCCGACCGGUCACCGUGUGGCACAGAGGAAACGUUUCGUUCCAUCUCACGCCGGUCCUGGUGUGCAAACAGCCUCUAAGGACUGUGGGAUUGGGCGACGCCAUUUCUGCCGAAGGACUUCUGUUUUCAGAGGUCACGCCUCGGCCUGAGCUCUAGGAGACGCCUCUCGUCCAUCCUUUUGAAGAUACGUCCUUGUCAUUAGAUCCUAAAGCUGGAGAAACAGACUCACGGGCAUCAAAUGACAGGAUGUUUUUCAGAGCAAAACCAGUUCGAGAUGCAGGGCAACAAACUUUUGUUGUUGUGAAAUCACAUUGUGAAAGACCGCACUGAACAUAACGAUGCGAGCCAGCCUCCACCAUUUUUUUUUUAAGGUUAAUU